AUGCCGCCGAUACAGACCACCUUUGAGCUGGUCCCCAACGGGCCUGCAGCCAUGUUGAGUGGCGGUGGAAAUACCAAUUCCAACCCUCCGGUUUCCAAACCGCCCAUGACCAGCAAGCAGGCCAAGAAACUCCACAAACAGGCAACCAGUGGCAAGCGCCUGACCAAGAUCGAGGAGAGGGCCCUGCUGCUGGAGAUCAAGAAAGAAGAGGAGCAAGCAAAAGCUGCUAGGAAAGCCAAGGCAGCACGUGAGCGGAAGAAAGAGAAAGAGGAGGCCGUCAAAGCAGAAAAGAAACGGCGGGGAGAGCCGAUCGUCAAUGUCCGCCCCAGCCAGGGUAUGAUCUCGGGCUUCGUCCGGCGGGCCAAGCAGGAGAAGCCGGCUACUGAGGACAAGGCUGCGGGGAAUUUUCAGGAUAGUGGCACUGGUUCGGCCGUUGCCGGUUCGAUGGAAGAUCUGAUUUCAGGCUCUGAACCAUCCGAAAUCAAGGUCGGUGAACCACAGAGCGACAUUGCCCGGGAAGAGGCCAAGGACCCUGCUCGACCACACAUUGCGCCUUCUGAAACCAGUACAGCAGUAGAUGUGGUAGGCAGCUCAGCACCCUCCUUUCUCCCAUCUAUUGUGACUAGGCCAUCGGAGAACUUUGCGCAACAACGAAGCCGUUCACCGGAACUGGGCAUCAUGAGGCCACCGCCUGCACGAACACCGUUCCAGGAAAUGCCGGUAAAUGCGCCACAGAGAUCAGCUACAAGCGAAGGUCUGGACUUCAAGCGCGAUCUUAUUAUGAAGCCUGGAGCCAUGAGGCCACCUCCAGUGCCUCGAUGCAAGCUUCCAUCCGGGCCAAUCUCGGACCUCGGGUCGCCUUCCAAACAGGGAAGGCCUCAAACUCAGAGACAUGCAUCUCUAGGGAAACCUUCUUCGGCCAUUGAUAAAAAGCCAAGAGCGGUCAAGACUGAGUUCGCUUUGCCAUCCAGCACCCAGAUGCUCUUCCUCGAUGAUAUGGCCGAUCUUUUCCCGUCGUCAUCGCAGCAGGCUUUGGAACUGAUCGAGGACGAUUCCUCUUUAUCCAGGCCUCCUCCAAGCAGCAGCAGCGUAGUUGCGAAGGCCGGGUCUCAUCCACCCACGGUAGUCCCUUCUCCUCCCACUCCUCGGGUCCAUGGCAAUGACUCGUUUGAUGAACUCCCUUUCUUCUCAACUCAAGACUUCGUCCUCUCGUCACAGGAGGUCAGGGAGCUCGAGAAACCUAUCUCCACGUCGAGAGACCAGGUUGGCGUGUCCGACAAGGCGCCAACACGACUGAGCCCAAUCUGCGAGGAGGAAGGCUCAGGCCAUGAAGGUACUAGCUCUGGUCCUCACUCUCAACAAACGCCAAAGAGCAGUCAGAAGCGGUUGCGUCCUUGUUCUUCGCCUUCAGUUUCAGAGUCGCCUGCUCUUCCCUCACAAGUGGGCCGCGACUCGCAAAUGGCCGAGCUUGGUGCAAGAACUGGGCAGUCCCCUUCAUCAAAGUCGCCACCUAGGAAACGUUUCUUCACGUCAAGUGGCAGCGAAGCCGUCUACUUGGCCAUGGAGAAGAGCCGGCAGACUUACCAGAGGGAGCAGAGGGAGCGGGAGCUCGCGCGGCAGGCCGGGCAGGCGAGGCAGAGGCAGCGCCCAGCGCAGCGGCUUCAGGCGCACAAAUAUCAGCAGAAAGGAAGCCACGUUGCGUCGUCGGCAAUGAGCAGGGCGACGCGACCUCCUCUGAACGAGACACAGCAGCGCAAUACUGUUUCUCCUCGAAGCGCAAAGCCGAUUGAGCCAAGCGCAGCAGAGUCGGUCCCCCAAGCUGGGGCGGUGUCUGUUCAGAGCAACUCCGCCUCCCAAGAGACCGACUACGGAGAUUUCGAUCUGGAAGACUGCAGUGCUCUGCUGGAUGGCAUCACCGAGGAGGAUCUCAUGAUUGACGACAAUGAUUUAUGA